ACCCCAGCUUGAGGUGUCUCUCAUGUAAUAGGGAAUGGCAUGUAAAUUCCUCCCUCUGCAGAGAUCUGAGUACAAAUUUUAUCUAAAUUUCAUUUGAUUACACUAAAAAGUUGAUAUCAAGAUUUGAUAUAUUUGAAGUUUAGCUUUAUACUUCAUUUCAUUUGGAGACACCCAGUAGUUUAUUUUGGACAAAUAAGUAAACUAUUUUUUGGUUACUGCAUGUCUAUGCCAAAAGAUGGUCUAGCUAAGAUUGUUGGGCCAGUAAGUGGUAUAGUAAGUUACCACGUAUAACUGCUACAUUUAGGCCACUAGUUUAAAGUGUCCAUUGUAUAUUAUGUAUUUAUAAAUAUAGUUUAAUAACCUUUACUACAACUUAAUUGUCCUGUUACAUUAUAAAUGUAUAAUCCCAUUUACUAAAUUUUUACUUUCUGCAAAUUUGUCUUGAGGUGUAGGAACUUUUUACUGCUUGUAGUACUUUAAUGUCAGUUUGCUGUUUUAAAGCUGGAAUUGCAUUGAGUGGGUAAGUACUAAUGGGGCACACUGUCCAGGUUAAAACGAGUAAAGCAACCAUUAAAAUCUGUUUAGCUACAAUUAUGAUCCAAUAAUAUAAACUGUUCUUGUUCUUAUAUUAGUAAAAUAUUUUUUUAUGUAUGUCAACAAUAUGGCAUCAUAAUUAAAGGUAAAAGCAGUGUAAUAUUUUAUGUGAUUUUUUUUUUUUUUAAUCUUAUGGUUGAGGCCUAAUUCUAGUAUUGAAAUGUUAAGGCUGUAACAAAACAAACUUCAUUAAGAAGAGCUUCUGUCAUUGUUACGCUACAUGGGCGACGAGGAGUCACAAGUAAGAUUAAGUUGUUUAAUUGUUACAUUUUUGAGUUCUAAAACUAAUCUAUAAGGCAAGUACAAACUUAACAAGUAGACAGAUAAUUUCCCUUUGGUAGUUAAUAUCCACACUACAAUAAAAAUACAUAGACUAAGCUCCCAUUAUAACCCUGGGCUUGCAUUUAGGAUGUCACAUGAGACUAAUUUAUUAAUGCUAGCUUUACAAUUGAUAUACUUCACUUUGUGGUAAUGAAGUACAACUUGCCCACUUUCCCUUUAAACUUUAAAGCUUUAAACUUCCUAUAGUCUUGUAAUCCUGCUGUAAUAAGCUAAUUGCUAUGUAAUGCAUAUGGAUAGUGCUUUGGUAGUGUCCACUCUGUAUUAUAAUUUUAAUACACAUAGGAUAAUGUUCACUUAAAGGCACAGUAUACCCCUUUUGUCCACCAUGAGUUGUAUGAAUAGGACUUGUGCUGAACAUAGGUUUUGUCUAUUGUUUUAACCUCAGGUUUGCAUGAAAGUGGGUUUUGUAAGCAUUUCCAGAAAAAAAAUCUUACAUGAAUGCAAAUUUGCAGUUUUUGCAUGUUUUAAGAAUUAUUAUUUUGGUGAAGGAAUAUUUUGCUUGUCCCAAUAAGUAUAUAUUUAGACUUUUCACUGUUAAAUGAUGUCUUGCUUUACUAAAGACUAUGUAACAGAAAAUAAAAAGACUGUUGUUUUGCAGUAAGGAGGAAUAGAAGCCACUUGUAAGUCUGCCUUUUACACUAGUCCGUAUUAAUGAUCUACUGUAGGAUAAAAGGAAACACUGCAUGUUGGCUAAUAUGGCUGCUGGAUUAAGGAAAUGUUGGGCAUGUAAUAGUGAAAGAUUGUCACUUGCCACCAGCAAUACAAAUAUUAUUUAUUGUAUCCUAGAUGUUUGGUUUUUUGGAUGUCUUCUGAAUGCUUGUAAUUUGCAGUCUUUUUUUGUGUCAGAGUAAUUAAGCAUUUUAUAUCUGGUUAUCGCUGGCAUGCAUCACAAUGUGUAAAGGCCAAUAAAUGCAUAAUUUGAAUUCAGUAGCACUGUGAUGAGUUUACUUUACAACUAUAAAGUGUAGGUGGAGAAUAUAAUUUAGUUUGAAACCUUUUUUGGCUGUAACAGGAAUAUCAAAAUGGAAAUAUUGCAUGACAUUUCCUCCUCAAAUAAAAUAUAUAUUGUAUGGGAUUUUUCUAGGUAUGCACCAAAUUCACUAUAUUAGAAUUUGGCUGAAUACAAAGUAGUGUUUGGAUUCGGUAUUCAGCAAUAUCUUUCACAAUUCUAGCGAAUCCUGGAUUCGGUGCAUCCCUAGUUUUUUCAGGUAACUUAAAGUGAUCUGUCAUUUCCGGAAGGUUAAUUCAUAUAAUAGUUUGGAUGUGCAGAUAUAUCUCUUGGUGCUAUUUCAAUGCUCCAGAUAAAAUUGAGGUUUACAAAUGAAGCAUCUCCUAAAAAUAUAAACUAUACAACUUGGUAUGUUGUACCCUCAGUUCAGUGAAUCUUAACUUAUGAGUAAGCUCCCAAACUUGGGUGGGUAAAAUUCUCUGUUAGAAUAGACAAAAUAAUUUCAAAUUAAAAGGUAUAGUUAAGUCUGUAAAGCAUUGGUAAAGGAUUGACUUCAAACUUUCUUCGGGGACCCUGACAAAAAGGUUAAGAAAUCCAAAGAAUAGGUUAAUUUAGGGCAUCUUAAAUGUUUUAGCCACAUGUGAACUUCCAGCCCAGAGUCAUAAUUGCAGAUCUUUAUUUUAGGCUUUUCAUGUAAGGGAUCUUUAUUUAGUUAAAGCACUAAAAGUGGAAGUUCAUCCUAAUCUAGAAUGUUAUACAGAUGGAGUAAAUCCGAUGAGCUUGGCAACUGUCCACAUUUUACUUGUUGAAUAUCACAUUUUUGACUAUCUUAAAAGUAAGACUAAAUAAUGCUCUCUUCUUUCAGCCAUUCCAUGGUCAAUCAUUUCUCCUGAUGUUCCAAGGAGUGCUUUUUAGAAUCAAUGAUACUCAAACAGAUAGUUUAAUGGGGUAGUUCACCUUUAAGUUUACUUCUAGCAUGUUAUAGAAUGUCCUAUUCUUAGUAACUUUUCAGCUGGUCUUUGUUUCCUUUUUGAAUUAUUGGCAAUCCUUUUCUGCCUCUUUCCAGUUUAAAAAAUAUUAUUGUAUUACUAAUAUUUCUUUUGAGACCACCUUCUAUUUAUUUUCCAGGCUCUCACUCUGCAACCACUGCCUGGUUGCUAGGGUCACUUGAAGCUUAGCAACCAGAUGCUGAUUUUUUUUUUUAAUCAGUCUACAUCAUAGUAAAAGUUGAUUUGAAUGUGAACUAACCCUUUAAAAGACAAAUUAAAGAACAGAAAUGGGAAAAAAUAAAUAAAAUGCAGACAGUUCAUAUUAGAUUGUCUCCAUCAUAGUAUUUAUUUUAAUAUGGUGAACUUCCUCUUUAAUACAUUUUUCCCCCUCCCCCUUUUUUUGUUUUUUAUUUUAUUUUUUUUAAAGAGUAUCCCUUUGCUAAAUAUUCUGAAGGAUAGUAGAUAAAAGGAGGAGGCUAUACUAACAUGUUUCCCGAAUGAUAUUGUUUGUCUUUGUUACCAAAUGAUCCAGCCUCUCCCAUUGUCCAAGUGAGACGCUGGAUAGUUGCACGGGUGGAGGGUGGGAAGGUGGUCAUGGCACUAACGUUACCUCUGUAGUGGAACCAAUGACAGAAGCUGUUCUUUAGAAUUUCCAGGGUGUCAACUCUACGUGCUGAUUGAGCCAGGCAAGCUGUGCAGAAACCCUCGAAGGGCAAGAUGAAGGUAAGGUCAUAUUUAUUCCACGGGAAUGCUUUCAGCCACAAGAAGCUUACAUCUAUGGUAACAUUAAUCAGCAGUACUACUCCCAUUUAACUCUUAAGAACGUAAUGUUCAGCAUUUUUUAUUUGCUUUUUAUCUUAUAUUUUGUUUUUUAUCUUUUAUUUUUGUAAUUUUAUACUGCAGAAAAGCUGAAAUUUGAAUGCUUAUUUCUUUUCCCUUCCCUCUCUGUCUUUUGCCACUUAUUGAGGGAGUGAUUUAUAUAGAAAAACUUUCUGUACCUUAAGAAUUCUGUGGUAUAAAGGGGAUGUUUUUUUUCCAUUUUGUUGUUUUCUAUGUUUGUUCUCUCUCUGUGCUAGUGUUUUACUGGUAGGUUGGCUCAUCUUCUCACAGUAGCUGUAUUUACAAGCAGGUAUCUAAGAGUCAGUGUUGCUUUACAAAACCCAGAUAUACAGUGCUAAUCUCUGCCAUUCCCAAGUUUUGAAUUUCUCUCAAAAUAAUCAUGAGCUGCAGAGAGCCCUUCAGAACCAAAUCCUCUAGCAUGAUUGUUGAUUUGGGCUACUCCUAAGGACAUGGACUCAAUGGACUUCUGUUACACAUGAUAGGCCAGGCAAGCUGGGUAACAUCAGCUCAGGUCUGUCUUCACUGGCUACUGAUGGUCUGUCCAAGCUUUUCACCUGUGCUGGGAGCAUGUCAAGUGACUGCCUGGCCGAGCUCUACAGACUGAUGAAAAAGGACUAGAAGAGACUUUUUUUCAGCCAGCUUUAUCUUCUUAAUCAUCUUAGGCUCUUCCUGCUGAUCAUUUAUAUUUGCAAUUAUUCAGUUUAUUUUUUUAUGACCUUAGUUUUCAUGCGUGAUACAGAAAAUGAGAAUUGAGUUACAGAAAAGAAAAACAUGCUGCAAAUAGGAAUUCUGAAUUUUGCUGAAAUGCCUUCCCCAAAAAGAAUACAGGUUUAACCAUUAUCAUGAGAUGCUGUGCAAGCUACUUUGUAUAUAUUAUGUACCUUUAUCUUCUGAAUUGUAUGUCAAUGCAAAUCUAUUUUGUUAUGGAAACUGACUGUUGAAAUGUUUAGUCGUAUGCUUUUUCCCUCCCCCCGAAUAAAAUUGCGUUUUUCCCCUAAGUUCAUAGUAUUUUAUACCAUUUUUUAAAAACCUCUCCAUUCUCUUGUGUCUUGUAAAAAUCAUGCUUGUACUUAUCUAUUUAAAAGACAAAAAUAUGGAAUUUUAAAUGUCAAAUAGAUAGAAGUACACAGAAUAUGCACAAAUAAGAAGGACCACGUAAAAUUAACACCAUAGCUUUCGUUGCUUUUUUCUGCUCCCUAUUUUAUUAUAUUUAUUUAACUGCUGAUAUUUAUUUUCAGGAAUUUAUUGCCAAAAUAUCCUUCUCUUCCCCAGUACAACUGUAGGCGUUUGUAGUGAAAAGCCUUUUGGAAUACACUCAACAAAGCAGUACGGACCUCGUUUACAGCUUGCUUUUAGUGUUUGCGUUACUGAUGACGGAGAUCGUUAGAUCCUGGUCUCUUGCGCUCACGUGGGCUUUAAAUUAUCGAACUGGUUCGCGGCUUAGAGGUGCGGUCUUGACCAUGGCUUUUAAGAAGAUCCUGAAAUUGAAGAAUAUUAAGGAGAAAUCAUUAGGAGAGCUGAUAAAUGUCUGCUCCAGUGAUGGUCAAAGAAUGUUUGAAGCUGCUGCUGUUGGCAGUUUACUGGCUGGAGGUCCCAUUGUUGCCAUACUAGGGAUGAUUUACAAUGUCAUGAUUCUGGGACCCACUGGUUUCCUGGGCUCUGCUGUUUUCAUUCUGUUUUACCCUGCUAUGAUGUUUGUAUCAAGACUCACUGCUUACUUCAGGCGCAAAUGUGUGUCGGUAACGGAUGAGCGGGUUCAAAAAAUGAAUGAAAUUCUCAACUACAUUAAAUUUAUAAAAAUGUAUGCCUGGGUGAAGGCCUUCUCCCAAAAUGUGCAAAAAAUAAGAGAAAAUGAAAGGAAGAUACUGGAGAGAGCCGGUUAUUUCCAGAGCAUCACUGUUGGAAUUGCACCCAUUGUUGUUGUCAUUGCAAGUGUUUUGACGUUUUCUGUGCACAUGAUGUUGGGAUAUGACCUAAAUGCUGCGCAGGCUUUUACAGUUGUCACAGUCUUCAACUCCAUGACUUUUGCCUUAAAAGUGACACCAUUCUCUGUGAAGUCUCUAUCAGAGGCUUCUGUUUCAAUGGAUCGGUUCAAGAGUCUAUUUUUAAUGGAAGAGGUUCACAUGGUAAAGAAAAAGCCAUCCAGCCCUAACCUCAUCAUAGAGCUGAAAAACGCUACAUUAGCGUGGGACACUUCCUAUGCCAGUAACCAGUGCUCUCCGAAGGGCACCCCCAAAUUGAAAAAAGGAAAAAAGGGGGCAAAGGGAAAGAAAGAAAAGUGCAGUCUACAAAAUGAAGGGUCACAAGCAGUCCUGGCAGAACAGAAAGGUCAUCUCCUGAUUGAUAGUGAUGAGCACCCCAGCCCUGAUGAAGAGACAAAACCGCUUCCAGUAAUAAAUGUAAAACUGCAGAGGGUCUUGUACAACAUUGACCUAAAUAUAGAAAAGGGCAAGCUAAUUGGAAUAUGUGGUAGUGUGGGAAGCGGAAAAACUUCACUGAUCUCCGCCAUUCUGGGACAGAUGACGCUGUUGGAGGGCAGUAUUGCUGUCAAUGCCAGUUUUGCAUAUGUUGCACAGCAGGCCUGGAUUUUGAAUGCCACUCUCAGGGACAACAUCUUAUUUGGGAAGGAAUUUAAUGAGGAAAAAUAUAAUACUGUUCUAAGUGUUUGCUGCCUUCGACCAGAUCUUGCAAUUCUACCUACCGGAGACCUGACAGAAAUUGGAGAACGAGGGGCCAAUCUGAGUGGUGGCCAAAGGCAGAGAAUUAGUCUUGCAAGAGCUUUGUACAGUGACCGCAGCAUUUAUAUUCUUGAUGAUCCUCUAAGUGCCUUAGAUGCCCAUGUUGGUAACCAUAUAUUUAACAGCGCAAUCAGAAAACACCUGAAAUCUAAAACCAUCCUAUUCAUCACUCACCAGCUGCAGUACCUUGUGGAUUGUGAUGAUGUAAUUUACAUGAAGGAAGGGUGUAUCACAGAAAGGGGAACACACGAAGACCUAAUCAAACUCAGUGGAGAAUAUGCUACCAUAUUUAAUAACUUCCAGCUAGGAGAUACUCCGCACAUUGAGCAAAUGAACCUUAAAAAGAAUUUAAGCAACUCACUGAAGAAGCCUCUAGAAAAAGGCAUUAAGGCUGGAUCUGUGAAGAAAGAAAAGACUGUAAAAAAGGAAGAAGGCCAGCUCAUGCAGCUAGAGGAAAAGGGCAAAGGAUCUGUGCCAUGGUCUGUUUAUGGAGCUUAUAUUCAGUCAGCUGGAGGUCCAUUUGCUUUCCUCAUCAUCAUGACAUUGUUUGUACUCAAUGUAGGAAGUACUGCAUUCAGUAACUGGUGGCUCAGCUAUUGGAUAAAACAAGGCAGUGGGAAUUCCUCUGUUGUGGUGCAAAAUGCAACUGUUGUCAGUAAUAGUAUGAAGGACAAUCCGCACGUACUCUUCUAUACCGCUAUUUAUGCUCUCUCUAUGGUUGUGAUGCUUCUUUUGAAGGCUGUGCGUGGCAUCGUUUUUGUUAAGGGAACUUUGCGUGCUUCCUCCAGGCUUCAUGAUGAGUUAUUUCGCCGUAUCCUAAGAAGCCCAAUGAAAUUUUUUGACACAACCCCCACAGGGCGCAUUCUUAACAGGUUUUCCAAAGACAUGGAUGAAGUUGAUGUACGCCUACCCUUCCAAGCUGAAAUGUUUGUGCAAAAUGUUAUCUUGGUCUUCUUCUGCCUGGGAGUUAUUGCUUUUGUCUUUCCCUGGUUUCUGGUGGCUGUUGGACCUUUAGUUGUCCUCUUCACUAUACUGCAUGUCGUCUCAAGAGUGUUCAUCCGUGAGUUAAAGAGACUGGAAAAUAUUACACAGUCACCUUUCCUGUCUCACAUAACUUCUAGUAUUCAAGGGCUUACCACCAUCCAUGCUUAUAACAAAGGAAAUGAGUUCUUACUCAGGUAUCAAGAACUGCUUGAUAAUAACCAGGCUCCCUUUUACCUGUUUAAUUGUGCCAUGCGCUGGUUGGCCAUACGGUUAGAUGUCAUCAGUGUGUCCCUUAUCACCACUACAGGCCUCAUGAUUGUUUUGAUGCAUGGAAAUAUCUCACCAGCAUAUGCUGGGCUGGCCAUGUCUUAUGCAGUACAGUUGACAGGUCUAUUUCAGUUCACUGUCAGACUGGCAUCUGAAACUGAAGCUCGUUUCACAUCUGUUGAAAGAAUCAACCAUUACAUCAAAACGUUGGCCCUAGAGGCUCCUGCACGUAUAAAAAACAAGGCUCCUCCAGCUGACUGGCCCCAGGAAGGAGAAAUUGCCUUUGAAAAUGCAGAAAUGCGGUACAGAGAGAACUUGCCCCUUGUCUUGAAAAAAAUAUCGUUCACCGUUAAACCUAAAGAGAAGAUUGGUAUUGUGGGAAGAACUGGAUCAGGAAAAACCUCCCUGGGGAUGGCUCUCUUUCGGCUGGUGGAACUUUCUGGUGGUUGCAUCAAGAUUGAUGGUGUUAAAAUCAGUGACAUUGGUCUGGCAGACCUAAGGAGCAAACUGUCGAUAAUCCCUCAGGAACCUGUUUUGUUCAGUGGAACAGUACGGUCAAAUCUGGAUUCCUUCAGUCAGUACACUGAGGAGCAAAUCUGGGAUGCAUUAGAGAGGACACACAUGAAAGAAUGUGUUGCACAACUACCUCUAAAACUUGAAACUGAAGUGCUUGAGAACGGCGAAAAUUUCUCAGUGGGAGAGCGACAACUUAUGUGUAUUGCGAGAGUACUACUGCGCCGUUGUAAGAUUCUCAUUCUAGAUGAGGCUACUGCAGCUAUGGAUACAGAAACGGAUCUUCUCAUUCAGGAAACUAUCCGAGAAGCUUUUGCAGAUUGCACAAUGUUGACUAUUGCCCACCGUCUGCAAACGGUACUUAGCUGUGACCGUAUUAUGGUGCUGACACAGGGACAGGUUAUGGAAUUCGACACGCCUUCUGCCCUACUGUCUAAUGAGAAUACAAGGUUCUUCUCCAUGUUUGCUGCAGUAGAAAACAAGAUAACUGUCAAGGGCUGACCUCCAAUGCUUCAACCGUUCCAUCCUGCGGUGGCUACUCGCUGCUUCUUAUUCCCUGCCUGUGGCAGGCACAACUCCACCCCUUAUAUUUCAUCAUUUUCUAAUCUUAUCUUUUUGGCCUUUCUCAUUUCUUCCAUUUUUUACUUUAGUAUGUUUUUUUAUUUUUUUUUUUUUAGCACAAACCAAUUUCAGGAUUUUUUUUUCUCUUUUAGUUUUUUUUUUUUUAAUUACUGGAAGUAAUAUUCGUGUUCUAUUGUAUUUAUUCUGAUUACUAAAGAUAAAAAAAUAUGCAUUUUCCUUAAAAUGCACUAAAAAGAAAAAAACAUGGUUCAGGCAACCAUAGUUCUGUAUGUAGCCUGCUUAGAAAGGAGCUUUCUACAUGCAGCUGUAUAUAGCCUAUAUUUACUGUGAAAAUGUAAGCUGGUUUAUUUUAUAUUAAAAUGAGCACUGGGUUAAGUAUG